AUGUGGUCUGCAAAACAUUCAUUUUUCUUAGAAUUCAUCACUAUUCUUUUUUCUCUGUUACAUUCAUCUGUUUUAGCAGAGAAAAAAUCUUACAUAGUGUACCUGGGAUCACAUGAUCAUGGUGAAGGAGUUACAGAAGCAGAUUUCGAUCGAGUUACAUACACUCAUCAUGAAUUCCUUCAAUCUUACGUUGGAAGUUAUGAGAAAGCAAAAGAGUCCAUGAUAUAUUCUUACACAAGGAACAUCAAUGGCUUUGCAGUAAUUCUUGAUGAGAAAGAAGCUGCUGACAUCGCAGAACAUCCAAACGUUGUGUCAGUGUUGUUAAACCGAGGUAGAAAGUUACACACGACACGCUCGUGGGAAUUCAUGUCAAUGGAACACAAUGGUGUUUCACCAACUGGAUCCAUCUUUAGAAAAGCUAGAUAUGGAGAAGAUACAAUUAUUGGGAAUCUUGAUACUGGUGUAUGGCCGGAAAAUCCAAGCUUUGGAGAUCACGGGAUAGGUCCAAUUCCUUCGAGGUGGAAAGGAACUUGUCAAGGAGAUGAUCUUUCUAUCGGCUUCCGUUGCAACAGGAAGCUGAUAGGAGCAAGGUACUUCAACAAAGGUUACUUGGCCGAUGCAGGUUCAGAUGCGAAAUAUAACAAAACACUUAACACUGCAAGAGACUACGAAGGUCAUGGAUCUCACACGUUAUCAACAAUAGGAGGAAACUAUGUUUCUGGAGCUAAUGUUUUCAGCUUUGGAAAUGGAACUGCAAAAGGUGGUUCUCCGAAAGCAAGAGUUGCGUCUUACAAAGUAUGCUGGCCACCGAUUAUUAAAGACGAAGAUUGUUAUGAUGCUGAUAUCAUAGCCGCUUUUGAUAUGGCUAUUCAUGAUGGAGUUGAUGUUCUAUCUCUUUCUCUUGGUAGUGAUGCUGCUGAAUAUUUUGAGGAUGCUCUUUCAAUUGCUGCAUUUCAUGCGGUUAAGAAAGGUAUCACUGUGGUAUGCUCAGCUGGAAAUUCUGGACCAAAACCUGGAACUGUUUCAAAUAUUGCACCUUGGAUAUUAACCGUUGCUGCAAGCACCUUAGAUAGAGAGUUUUAUGCUUCUGUUUCUCUCCUUGAUGGACAAAGCUUCAAGGGUGCUAGCUUUUCUAGUCCUUUGCCAGAGAACAAGUUUUAUCCAUUAAUCAGUGCUGCUGAUGCAAAACUAGAUGAAGCAUCUGUUGAAAACGCUGCUUUGUGUAUUAAUGGAACUAUUGACCCUAAGAAAGUAAAGGGAAAAAUAUUGGUUUGUCUUACAGGUGUUAAUGCAAGAGUGGAAAAGGGUCUUUCUGCUUUGGAUGCUGGUGCAGUUGGAAUGAUUCUUUGUAAUGACAAGCUUAAUGGGAAUGAAAUUGAUAAUGAUCCUCAUUUUCUGCCAACCUCACACAUUGCUUAUGAAGAUGGUGUUGCUGUUUUUGCAUAUUUAAAUUCAACUAAGAAUCCACUAGGUUAUAUUCAUCCAGCUAUAACCAAGUUGAACAAACAGCCUGCUCCAAGCAUGGCUGAUUUCUCCUCUAGAGGUCCCAACACAAUCACACCAGAGAUUCUCAAGCCCGAUAUAACCGCGCCAGGUGUGGACAUUAUCGCUGCCUAUUCAGAAGGAAUCAGCCCUACCGAGUUGGCGAUCGAUAAACGCAGGGUUCCUUUCAUGACAAUGUCCGGAACAUCCAUGUCAUGUCCUCAUGUGGCGGGAAUCGUUGGCCUCCUCAAGACUCUCCAUCCUGAUUGGAGUCCGUCGGCUAUUAAAUCUGCUAUCAUGACAACAGCUAGAACGAGGGACAACACUGCUAGACCAAUCCAUGAUCAUGUUAAUAGGAAGGCAAUACCGUUUUCCUAUGGAUCAGGUCAUAUUCGACCGAACCGCGCCAUGGAUCCUGGUUUGGUCUAUGAGUUGAACAUCAAUGAUUACCUAAACUUUCUUUGUUUCUUUGGUUAUAAUCAGACACAGAUUAAGAUGUUUUCUGAUACACAUUACCGUUGUGAAGAUAUAAACAUCAUGGAUUUCAACUACCCUACAAUAACAAUACCUAAACUAUAUGGUUCGGUUACUUUGAGUAGGAAGGUGAAGAAUGUUGGUUCAGCAGGCACAUACACUGCAAAACUUCGUGCCCCAGCUGGAGUUUCCAUAUCUGUGAAGCCUAAGAAAUUGAAAUUUGAGAAGAUUGGUGAAGAGAAGAGUUUUAAAUUGACGGUUGAAGUUACUAGAUCAGGUGUGGCUACUGCGUUUGGAGGGUUAACUUGGACAGAUGGUAAACACUAUGUUAGGAGUCCAAUUGUUAUUGGGGGAGUCAAAGGUUAG